GCUCUCGCUGUGGCGGGAAAACAGCAGCCGCGGCUUCACCUCCGGGACGCAGAGGGGCCAGAAAAGCCUGUGAGGCCCCGGCUGGCUAGUUGCGCCGCCAUGGACGCGGCCGAGGUGGAGUUCCUGGCCGAGAAGGAGCUGGUUACCAUCAUCCCCAACUUCAGUCUGGACAAGAUCUACCUCAUCGGGGGGGAUCUGGGGCCUUUUAACCCAGGUUUACCAGUGGAAGUGCCCCUGUGGCUGGCAAUUAACCUGAAACAAAGACAGAAAUGUCGGCUGCUCCCUCCGGAGUGGAUGGACGUGGAAAAGUUGGAGAAGAUAAGGGAUCAUGAACGAAAGGAAGAAACUUUCACCCGAAUGCCCAGCCCUUACUACAUGGAACUUACCAAGCUGCUAUUAAAUCAUGCUUCAGAUAACAUCCCGAAGGCAGACGAAAUCCGGACCCUCGUCAAGGACAUGUGGGACACUCGUAUAGCCAAACUCCGAGUGUCUGCUGACAGCUUUGUGAGACAGCAGGAGGCACAUGCCAAGCUGGAUAACUUGACCUUGAUGGAGAUCAACACCAGCGGGACUUUCCUCACACAAGCGCUGAACCACAUGUACAAACUACGCACAAACCUCCAGCCUUCGGAGAGUACCCAGUCUCAGGACUUCUAGAGAAAGGCCUGGUGCAGGCGGCUUACUGGGGCAUGAGUGCUCAGGACAUGAGGUACUUGUGGUUCUGGCUCUGGAAAUACUUUUGAAUGCAUGAAAAACGUGUGAAGGUGCAAGGAAUGGAUUCGUGAUAUUGCUGGAGAAGCAAGUUUGUGAUUUGUCGUUAAAACUUAGCUCCCUGGGACAGUCUUCAAUUCCACAUCUGAUUCUAGAAACUAGCCUUUCUCCCCCUCCCCCUUUUGAGGAAGAAAAAAGCUUUAGGCAAGUAAGUUAUUCUCUCUAGCAGGGCCACUUGGGUCUCCUGUGUAGAAACCGCCACACUUGGGUAAAUGUUCAGUGACCGUUAGGUGUAAAUACAGCGGGAGCGCCAUGUGGCCAAGGGCUUUUUUCCCCCCUUUUUGAUCCUAAUUUUCGUGGGCUAAAUUUAGACUCUCCCAUAGAGGUGGCUCCCAGAGGAUGGCAGAUGGUGCAGCUAAGGCUGCUGACCAAAAUGAGCCCGGACCCACAAUAAAAACGGACUCGGCUC